CAAACAUGGCAGCCUCCAUGCCUCAAGUUUCGGUGUGUUGUAUAUCACUUAUUUUGCUAUUUUUAGCUAGUUUAUGUCAAGGAUUAUAUGAAGAUCAGAUUGGAAAGUUUGAUUGGAAGCAGGAGUAUGUAGGGGAAGUUUCCCACUUGAACUUUGAGGGCAAAAGGCUGCUAGUUGGCACAAAACAUAAUGUGGUGGCGUCUCUAAAUGCUAGGAAUGGACAAAUAGUUUGGAGACAAGUACUUGAAGAAGACUCGAGGGGACGCAUAGAUGCUCUUCUUGUGAAAGAUAAAAUUGCAAUAACAGUAUCAGGCAAUGACCAUAUAAGGUCAUGGGAUGUGGAAUAUGGAGGUUUGAACUGGGAGGAGCCACUAGAUGGCGCUCCAGAUGCCCCUGAAGCUCAGGCGUGCCUUAUGGGGAGCUCACAAGACACAAUGGUGGUGCUGAGUGCAGGCAAGCUGCUGGCUUUCAACGUCAAUGGCCAGGAGUUGUUCAGGAAAGUUCUUCCCAGCAGUGAUGGUGCUAUCCACAAAUUCCUGCACUGUGGGAGGACAGAGAUUAAUGUUAUUGGCGUUGUGCCAAAUUCUCAUGUAUCCAUAGCAACAUACAGUGACUCGGGCAAUGUCCAAUCACAGAGCCCUGUACCUGCGGACUGGGUGAAGAAGGACACAAGGUGUCUCCUCAUUGCUGAUGGUCAUCUAGUCUGUUAUGAGCCACAGCUGAGCAGCUUGAGAACUCUGGCACUGAAGAAAGGACAGGCAUUCUCUACCACUCUCUUACAGGAACUAGGCUUGCAAGGCCAGGCUGUAAAGCUGACUUCCUUAAAUCACAGAAACAUGUUUGUGGUACAACUCUCUGCUUCACAUCUUGCCUUGCUGUCAGUGGGUACUGAUGCUGUAAAGCUGGUUCUCAACCUGCCAAAGGUUUCAGCUGUCUCUGUGUCAUCCAGUGGUGACAUAGAGGACACACUGGUCACUAUAGGCAGACAGGGCACUGAGAAUGCAGUAAUCAGGUGUUUGAAUCUGAAAACUUUGAAGGAAAUCCCAGAGAUCAGUCAGGAAGUCCACUUGGCACAUCAUCACGGGACUCCAGUUGGGAUCCAGGGGUUCUUCUUCAAGAAGAGAGAUGGCAGCACUGGGCACAGAACGGUGGUGUUGUCAGAAGAUCAGUCCAUUGUGAUGUUCCAGCAGGGAGGUAAAAUGUCCUGGAUCAGGGAGGAAGCAAUAUCCUCCAUAUUGUCUGUGGAGAUGGUUGACCUUCCUGUGUCCGAGAACCAGGCCAAAUAUGAGGAUGAAUUUGGGGCACAGCAAGCAGUGAUCUCAGAUGACAUUGGCACCAAGUUCGUCAAGAGACUAACUACCCAGUUAUCCCAAGUGAAGUCAUUUGUGGUGCACCUCCAGCAGCAGUUGUUGAAAGGCCCACGCCAUCAGUACCUGGAGGAAGACAAUGAGUUUAAUGAGGACGAGGAACUCACUAGAGACGAGUUCAGUAUUAACAAAAUGAUUGUGGCUGUCACAGCACCUGGAAAGCUUUUUGGCAUUGAGAGUUCCACAGGUCGUAUCAUCUGGCGCCACCUGUUGCCUGCUCUGGUUCCAUUUGAACGCCAGGGGAAGCAACUUCUCCUUUUGUUUGUACAGAGGACCACAGCGCAUUUUCCCAACCCCCCUCAAUGUGCAGUACUGGGAAGACAUAAGGUAUCAGGCCAUGGUCUGCUGUAUUUAUUUGACCCGAUCACUGGCAUCCCCACUGCUGGAACCCCAGCUGAAGGUGCUGACACUGGAUACAGGGUGGUUCAGGCCACCACACUGGGGGUCACCGACGACCACCAUCUCAAGGGAUUGUUUAUACUGGAUGCUGAAUUGAAGGUCCAUGUGUAUCCAGAGCAUGUCAAAGGUCACGUGAAGGCCGUGCAGUCCACACUGUUCCUGUUCAAUGCUGAUGUGAACACAGGGCUGAUCACAGGGUACAGGAUUCAGGAAGACAUCAAAACACAGUCCUUACAUGCUGUGGAGCUUUGGACGAUCAAUCUCCCCAAGGAAACACAGACCAUCACAAAUGUGGUCGGAAAACGACCCACAGAACAUGUCCAUUCCCCCGGGAAACCCCUCGCAGACAGGAGCGUGUUGUACAAGUAUCUUAAUCCUAACCUGGUCGCCAUAACUGCUGAGGGAGAGACAGAAGAUAGCCAGCAAAAGGUUUCUGGUGUAUUGAAUAUUUACCUGGUGGACAGCGUAACAGGUGACAUGAUAUUCCAGGCCAGUCAUAAGAAAGCCAGGGGUCCUGUACAUCUAGUCCAUACAGAGAACUGGGUUGUGUACAACUACUGGAAUGAGAAGAACCGAAGAAAUGAGAUCACAGUCGUAGAGCUGUACGAAGGGACAUCCCAGACCAAUGCCACAGUGUUCUCCUCUCUCCACCCGCCCCCGCCCCCCAUAGUGGGCCGCCAGUCCUACAUCUUGCCUCAUGGGAUAUCUGCAAUGGCGGACACCAUCACAGAGAUGGGUAUCACUGCGAAGAGUGUGCUGUUGGCCUUCACAACUGGCAAUGUCGCAGAGGUGUCAAAGUUUAUGUUAGAUCCUAGGAGGCCUCUUAACCCAACCAUGGCUGACAGAGAAGAAGGCAUCCCUCCUUACAUCCCUGAGCUCCUCGUGGCCUUCGAGGCCAUGAUCAACUAUAACCAGACGGUGCUCAAAGUGCACGGGAUUCAGACUGCGGCAGCGGGACUGGAGUCCACCAGUUUAUCUCUGGUGUAUGGCUUAGAUCUUUUCUUUACUCAAGUCACCCCAUCCAGAAAAUACGAUGUUUUAAAGGAAGAUUUUGACUAUUUCUUUAUCAGUGCAGUGUUAAUAGGAAUGAUAGUUGUAUCAGUUGUCUCACAGAAGUUAGCAGCAAGAAAAGCUCUGAACAGAGCCUGGACAUAACAUAUGGUAGUAACAUAUUAGAUGUAAUUCCCUUUAGUGGUGACACUAGUGGGCUUGAUUUAGUGCAAUUUAAGAACACAAAUAGUCUUACAUGAUCUUAAAACAUGAGU